AUGUCCUUUUAAAACCACAGAUUGGGUACAAUGGAAGUGAAGGUGUUGGUGGACGGUAUCCCACGUGUGGUUUGUGGAGUUACAGAGGAAACAACGUGCCAAGAAGUUGUCAUAGCUUUGGCUCAAGCCCUGGGUCAGCCCGGGCGCUAUGUGUUACAGGAGAAAUUUAAAGACUUUGAGCGGUGCAUGGCGCCCAAUGAGCACCUUCUGGAGACUCUUCAGAAGUACGGUGAGCAGACCAGGGAUGUCAGACUGACACUGCUCCACAACGGACCCUCAGUCUGGGACGAAAUGAGCCGGACCAAAUUUGGCAGGUACCAACCCUGCCCGCCACUGAGAAGAAAAGAUGCAGGCACCAGAAUGCGGCGGGGUAGUGGAUCAUUAAGUUUGCAUCGUCAAAGCUUGCCACCGCUGUCCUGUUUUAAACAAGAGGCUGAGCAGCAAAAAGAGGAGCUGAAAAGGCCUAAAAGGAAGUCUCUGACGCUCAUGGAGGAGGCCUGGGAAUGGCUGGAGAGUCUGGGGAAGGGCAAGGUCUAUAGUACUGCCUGUGAUAAGGAAAGCAGUAAGAGGACAGAUAAAAAGAAUCGGACAUGUUUGGCAGUUUCUCUCACUGUUGACGAAGGUAAGCAGAGUAGCAGAAGCAAAGCCAGAGGUCAGAAAAGUGUAAAGCCAGACUUAGAUCGUCAAACGUCCUGCUGCAUGGGAAGUCAGACGAGGGGCAAAGAAAGCAAACACACUCAAGAGAUUAAAUCCAGUGACCGGUCCAGUUCAAACUGUGCUACAAAUGGAGAUGAGAAAAACAGUCUGAGAAAAACCAUAAUAUAUCAACUCAGCUGUUUGCAGGAUUUACAGGACCAGAUAGCAAUCAUUGACAAACAGAUCUUGGAGCUUGAGGAAAAACAGAGAGCCAAAAAAGCUGAGCAGGAAGCCCAGCAGACAAUGGUUGAAGAGGAGCUGGAGCAGAUCAAGUUUUGGGAGAAUGAAUUAAAGGCGGAGGAAGGUUACGAGAAAGAUCUGCAGGGCCAGUUCCUUGAGAUGAGGGCUAACGCUGCUGGGUGCAAGGUCAAGCUGGAGGAGUACAGGAUCAAAAUGAAGGGGCUUGAUUUCUUUGCCUCUCAAAACUUUGACAAAAAGGAUUCAGAGCGUUUUUCCAAAGCUGGCACAAAUGCUGCCAGGGAGAUUUCAGCCAUUUCCACUGAGGACUUAAAUCCGCAACAAUCUGAUCCAGAUGGGGAUGUAAAUAUUAACAGGAAGUUCCCGCCCAGAGACGGCUUAAAGCCGCCUCAUGCUCUAGUUCCUCCCAGCCAGAUAAAGGAGCGGAGGCCCACAGGGCCCACAGAGCUGAGGGAGUGGUGGUCACGCUGGACUCAAGCCCAAACCCCUCAAACACAGACUAAAAAGAAGGUGAUCCACCGCUCUGAGCUCACGAUAUAUCUGGGCAGUACCAAGGUUUAGAAUGAAAUUUAUGGAGGAUCCCAAAUAUUAAGUUGUUAAGGUGUUUGCAUUGCAUACAAUCUUUUGUGUACAGCAUAUUUUAAAAUCAACACUUAAAGAUUCACAACCUUUAC